AUGUCGACUUCCCCACCUCUUCACAGUGGUACCACAAACUCUAGGGCGCGUCAAAACAUCCUGAUCGUCGGUUGUGGAAUAGCAGGACCAGUGCUCGCAACACUCUUGCUUUCUUCUCCUCAGUCUGUCGCGAGACUUCCUCAGGUCACUAUCCUCGAACGCAACACUGCCGCCCUUGGCUCUGGUCAAAACAUCGACAUUCGUGGUAUUGGCAAACACAUCAUCAACAUACUCGGACUUACGGACGAGAUCAAGGAAACCACUACUGGUGAAGAAGGCGUGAAGAUUGUCGAUGCAAACAACAGGAUCUGGGCGCAAUACGCAGCCGACAAGACUGGAAAAGUAGAGACUGGAACCUCCGAUGUCGAGAUUCUACGCGGCAGACUUGCAGAGAUCCUCUUGGGAAAGGCGAAGAGGGUCAGCAAAGACGUCGAAGCAAGGGGUGGAGCGGGUAUCGAGUUUGUCUUCAAUGACACCAUCGAGCACUUGGAUCAGGACGACGACAAAGUGCAUGUUCGACUCACUAAGGCAGGCGAAAGAUCAUAUGACUUGGUCGUCGGUUCAGACGGUCUUCACAGCAGAACUCGACAGCUGGCCUGGGGACAGGCGCAAGAUGGCUGCCUGAAACAACUGGAAAUGUAUGGUGCUUUCUUCAGCACAAAAAAGGAGGCCGCAGACGGAGAGUGGAGAUCCUGGUACCACUCACCAAGGGGGAUGAGCGUGAUGCUCCGUCCUUCGGGUACAAAGGACAAAAGUACUAUGCUUGUUCUCCUUGCCGACAAGAGCGGAGCAAUUGCGCGAGAGAUGAGAGGCUCAGAGAGAGAUGUUGUAUUGCAAAAAAGACUAGUCUUGGAGAAGUUGAACGGUAUCUUCUGGCAAGAGUCUAGGCUCAAGGAUGCUGUAAGGGCAGCAGAUGACUUCUACUUUGAUUGUACAGCGCAAGUCAAGCUGGAAAAAUGGAGCAAGGGCAGGGUCGUGUUGUUGGGUGAUGCCGGACACUGCGCCUCUCCAUUCUCAGGAAUGGGCACAACACUUGCAUUGGCCGGUGCUUAUCAUCUCGCCGGCUCUCUGAUCAGCCAUCCGGACCAACAUGACCUCGCUUUCGAGCAAUACGAGGAGAACAUGCGGCCGCUUGUGACGAAAGCUCAGAAACUGGCUCCCGGUAUGCCUCAUCUUUUUCAUCCCCAAACUUUCUGGGGAGCUUGUUUGCUCAGAAUCUUCUGCGCUGCAAUCUAUUGGUCCAGUAUCAUCAACCUGCUUAGCCGGUUCAAAGGACCACCCGCACAAGUGCGGAAGUUCAAGCAGUAUGAUUUCGUGGUCAAGAAAGAGAUUUGA